CAGGACGCACGCGUGCUGGGAAGGAGGAUAGUGGCAGAAAGAAAGGGGUGAAAGAAGGAGAGAGUGAAAGAGAGGGGGUUAGGGGGUGACAAAGGACAAGACAGAGAGUAGGACAGAGAAGGAGGCUGCAGCCCAGUGUAGCAGAUUGCCAUGUUCUGACAAUGGGGGUUUGCAAGGAGCAGCAGAACCAAAACAGGACACGGCUCAGCUGUAUGUUGGAUCAAUAAACGGUAGAUGAGUUCAGACUUCAGGCGAUGGAGUGGAAACCUUAUUAUUAAGAGGCACUGCUCGGCCGAACCGACUGCAUACUGAGUCCAGAGUUUGGAAUUUCUAAGAACUGACAUUACAAGGAUAAAGUCUCUCCAAUCCUUGGGAACCUACAGAAACUUGGAGUAAUGCAAACUUGAAGCUGGACUGCAUCAAUAUUCAGACGGACAAAAUGAUGCGAAAAGCGCUGUCCCUUCCUUGACUUCUCAGACCUUUUAAGUGAGCCAAAAAAAAAAAAAGGGAUGGGGAGGCGAGCGGCUGACCUGACGACGCCGGUUCCGGUGUUGGGUGUCCCCGCCUCCGUAGGGGUGCGGAGUUGGAAGACGACAGGAGGAGACAGAAGCGGAGGAGUGCUGCUGCAGACUUGGGGACAGUGCAGCAUCGGCAUUCAGACGUCUCCUGGGAUUAGCAGACCACUUGUUCAGCUACCUGAUAGCGUCUCAAACAAUGUUACUCAAACAUCUAACACAUGUGCCGCCAAGGAAACCAGGGCCAUAUCGCUUCACGUGAAGAGUGACAACGAGAAAAGGGCUAUUUUAAGGCAGAAAACUGAGGAAACCAAGAUCAAAAAGGAAGUGACUUUCAAAGCACUCGGAGGUGUCGGUUCAAAGGAUGUCGCCGGCUGUCAGAAGAGAAGUGGUGGGACGUACUGCUAUGCCAGGGCAAUUAAAACCAAUCCCCUCAUUGCGGGCGCCGCCAGCAGCGGCAGACCCAGACUCAAGUCUUCCACCCGUUACAUCAACGGGAGCGUGGUGGAUUCCGAGGCAAUCGGCGGGAUYAUCGAAGUCAAAGACGACGCGGAGCCCUCGAAGGCCGCGGCUUCCAGCGGAACGGUCUCCCGCCAUCUUUGCGCAGACCAGUCGAAAAAGGCGUGCAACCAAUGUGGCGGGAAGCAGUGUGUGAUAUCCAGAGGCGCCCUCCCGGGGGACCCCGCUUCCGAAGCUCUCUUUGGGGAGAAGGCAUCCAAGCCAGCCCUCGCAUCUCUGUUUACAGCCACACAUUUAAAACUCCYKCAUACACUGAAACCAAACCAGCUAAACUCUCAGAGCAGCGGAGUAAAAAACACRCAGAUUGCAAGCAACCCACACUUGUAUUACAUUAAUGAAGAGAUAACAUAUCAACGAACACCACACCCUGCAUGUCCGGUGCAUUCCAGAGUUGGUCCAGGAUCUCUACAUGCUUCAAGCGACGUGGCAUCCGUCCAACCGGAAGCCAUUCUCCACACUAAAACUGUUACGGUUGCUAAAGCCAGAAUUGAAAGCAGGCAGGAGAAUUCGGCAACAAACUGUUUCGCAAAACCCAACCAGGACAACAAAAUCUCCCUCCUUUCAAGUUUUUGCUCCAUGCCUCAAAUGGCCACGGCAACCAAAACCUUUCAAGCUUCCCCUCAGCGCCUCAAGACAUCGCCUCACCGUUACCUACAAGAUAAUAUUACUCAAAAUGUAUGUGUCUCUGUGCACGCCGUGCCCGAGUGUCCACCUUUAUCUUUGUACACUGUAGCCAUGGGAACCCAAAGAACAUCCAGUCCGGUUGCACAAGCAACUUUUARUCUGGAGAGGAUGUGUCCGCAUAGUAAUGCCAGUCCUGCGCCAGAAGCCUUGCGCUCAACACACAAAGCACAAAUUCUUGAAUCAGACCCUUCUUCACAUCUCACAAUGUCGGCGAUGUCAUAAAAGUGGACUGGACCUGAGAAACUGCUCGACCUGCCAGAAGACYGCUUGUAUUGUGUACAGUGUUGAGUACGACUUCAGGCAGCAGGAGCGACUCUUCUUGGAGGUUCUGAAUCACUCACCGGGUGACAGCAGCGGUUUUCCCGYACAUCUGGCGGAGCCUUUAAACCUCGGACUCCUCCGGAAYGCCAUCUUUAAGAACCUCACAAAGACAAAGUUGAAGAGCAAAAAGCUGUGUAGGACUCUGCUCAAGUGGAUUCCAAGAAAAAAAUCGUCUGCCAUAGAUCUCUGCGUUACCAGCAUGUGACCAGCAUGCAAGAGUUCACCCUGAACUACAGUUUGGAAUAAUUGUAAUAAAAACUAACCACAAAACUGGCAGCUACCCAUUACUAAGAGACAGUAGGUGAUUGGGUUAUCCUUUAGUCAACCAGUACUUUGGUACCACUGGCUACGAGAUACGGUAACAUAGCUUUUUUUUCUAGAAGUUUUCUUAACAAGACAAGUGUAAAGGUAAAACAAAACAACACAGUGGAAUUUUGCAGAACGCUAAAAACGUUUGUUCUAAAAGCUGCUGCACUGGGCUAUUCAGAGCAUACAUACAAGUUUUCAUAUUACUUUAAUAUGUUCAAAUUCAAAUUCCGUCAUAYUGCAGCAACAAACUUCAGAGCGUAAUAUUUGGAUUUUAUGUGACAAAGCAACAUAAAGGUCAGAGUUAUAUAAAAAGAAACUUAAACCUAAAAGUAAAUUGAACCCAAAAAAGUGCAUUUGUGUACAACCCAUUACUCUCAUAACCCACAAUAAAGUCUACAGCAGCAAAACUUCAGAAAUCACAUAAGUAAUAAAUUAGACUUAAAAUGCAUGUAAUUUAAUCUCAGUAGAAAUAAACAGUUCCGAGGCAAAACGGCU